AUGAAACGAAGCACCGAAUUCAACGCACUGCCCUCGGACAUCGACAAGAAGUGCCUCCGACCUUGGAUUUUCACAGAAACCCUGACCCUGAAGAUGCAUGCCAAAAGGAACAACGUCAAACAGUCGAAUCGAAUCGAAUCGAAUCGAAUCACCGACCCAGUUGCCGUCUUCAUUCGCUUGCUUGUGUGUGCGAUCACUGUUUUGAGACGGUUCGUUUGGGCGGCCAGCGGCGAAACGCCAUGA